CUAAAUCCUCAUGGUAUAAAACAGGAAAAAUAAUUCUCUGUUAGUACAGCCUGACAUAAAGACCGGAGACAUGAUGAAAUGCAUGCUGUUGAGUGCUCUCAUAGCCCUGGUGCUGACUGAGGAUCUGGUGUCCAAGCCCAAACACCUGGAAGAAGUGCCUCGGACCAAAGUUGUGGGAGGUGAAGUUGCUCUACCUAACUCCUGGCCCUGGCAGGUCUCGGUGCUGGUCAAGUCUGGUAUCUCCUUCUUCCACAACUGUGGAGGUGUUCUGAUCAGGAAGGGAUGGGUUGUGACUGCUGCUUCUUGUGUGGACAGUUCAAAAACUUUUCUGGUGGUUCUUGGAGAAUACAACCUGAACAGCAUUGAGGGAACGGAGCAGCUCAUUACCAUCAGCAGAAUCAUCAUCCACCCCCUGUGGAAAAAGGACCUCGCAUCAGGGAAUGACAUCGCCCUGCUUCAACUGUCCACUGAGGCCAUCCUGAACUCUGCUGUCCAGCUGGCUGCUCUCCCUCCCUCUGAUCAGAUCCUGCCCAACAACAACCCCUGUUACAUCACUGGAUGGGGAUCCACCGUCACCGGUGGUUUUCUGUCCAUCGGCCUCAGGCAGGCUGGUCUGGCCAUCGUGGACUACGCGACCUGCUCCGGCCCUACCUGGUGGGGAGCUGUCGCCAAGCCCAAUAUGAUCUGUGCUGGUGGAGGUAGCAACUCUGGUUGUAAUGGUGACUCUGGCGGCCCCCUGAACUGCGUGGUGGGGGGGAAGUACUACGUCCAUGGGGUGACCAGCUUUGUUUCCGGUGCUGGCUGCAACACCUUCCAGAAGCCCACCGUCUUCACCCGUGUGUCUGCCUACAUCAGCUGGAUCACUGGAUUUACAGGUUGACCAGUAACAGGCGUUGGGAACAGGUGGUACCCUGUGUCCAGCACAGAUGUAUUCGGUCCAGUCCUGCAUGUGAGCCUACAGAUGAAUUGCUGCAGCAUAGAUCCAAAUCUGCAGUCUCUCUUUUAUCUUUUAACACUUUUUUGUAUGAUAUUGAAAACAAAAAAAAAUCACUUUAGAAGAUGGUCUUGGUAAUUUAAGCAGACAUCACCUGGGGGUGGGCGGUGUUAAGAUUCAAAACCAUAUUCA